CGGGGCUCGCGGCCGGUUGAGGCUGUGCUGGGUAGGUGGGCGCCGACGGAGCGACUACGGGUCGGGGCUGGGCUCAGCGCACUGCGAACAAAGGAGUCUGCGGCGGUUCCCGGCUCCGCGGAGGACCGAAGCUUCGGGGGACUCAGGCUCGGCGGCUCCGGGUCGGCUCCACCACGGGCGCCGCGGCACCUGCCGCCGAGUGCUGCCCAGGGAGCCCGUCCGGCCCGGGGCUCAUGAUGGGGCUGAUCUUCGCUAAAUUGUGGAGCCUUUUCUGUAACCAAGAGCACAAAGUAAUCAUUGUGGGACUGGAUAAUGCAGGGAAGACCACCAUUCUUUAUCAGUUCUUAAUGAAUGAAGUAGUUCAUACUUCUCCAACCAUAGGAAGCAAUGUCGAAGAGAUAGUUGUGAAGAACACUCAUUUUCUCAUGUGGGACAUUGGGGGUCAAGAGUCUCUGCGCUCGUCCUGGAACACCUAUUAUUCAAACACAGAGUUCAUCAUUCUUGUGGUCGAUAGCAUUGACAGGGAACGGCUGGCUAUUACAAAAGAAGAGUUAUACAGAAUGUUGGCUCAUGAGGAUUUAAGGAAAGCUGCAGUUCUCAUCUUUGCAAAUAAGCAGGAUAUGAAAGGGUGUAUGACGGCAGCCGAGAUCUCCAAAUACCUCACCCUUAGUUCAAUCAAGGACCACCCGUGGCACAUCCAGUCAUGCUGUGCGCUAACAGGAGAAGGGUUAUGCCAAGGUCUAGAGUGGAUGACCUCCAGGAUUGGUGUGAGAUAAUUUUUUGCCUGAAAAAGACUUCUCCAUUUAUUCCGUGACAUGAACAUUUUUCCUAACACCUUUGGCUGCUGAGGCAGCAGCAUGUUUAAUUUAUAACAACACAAACCUCUGAGCAACACUUGAAUCAAGUGCCGCUGGCCUGGAACAUAAAGAUGUUUUCUUACCUUUGUUUCAGAUGCACUAAUCUUCAGUCGGAUGAGCAUAAUGUAUAACUAAGUUUGCAGCAACAGAGCUCUUCUGACUGCCUGUUCUAACUAUUCGGUGACUGCCUUGUAAAAACUGUUCGUCAUAUAUUUCAUGUUAUCCCAAGUAUUGUUAAUGUCCUUUACAACCGUUUCUUUCACUUCUUGGGCACCACUCCCUCCUUCCCAGGUACUUAGGAUUUGACAGAGCCAUGGUAGGAAUCGUCAUGGACUACUCCUCCAGCACUAAGCAUUUGUUCUCUGCGAACCCUUUUCAUCUUCCGGACAGAAUUACUUAUGAUGAAAAUCUACCUAGAAGCUGUGUAUGCGUGCAAACAUCAGGAAUACUAGUCUUUAAACUUCCCUCACCUCAUUGCAUAUCAUAGUUUAAUUUUAAGUUUCUCUUUGCAUGGGAAUUAAGUAGUCCAUUUAUUUAUGUAACGAAUUAAGUUCAUUUUUCUGCUAAUAAUAUUUCGUUAAAAACAUACGGUGAAGCAUGAAUUGGAAAGCCAGCUUCAAUGGUAAAUAUUAUUGGCUUCAUUUGAUAGCUUAAGAUUUUUUGCUGUGUUUAUAACUGUCAGAAUUUAGUAAAACACACCAACAUGGAAUUAAGCUAUGUAUGGACUCUUGGAAUAUGUUUUUCAUCAGUUUGCUGCCUGUUUUAUUGUCAACAAAUCUUCAGCUAUUCUGUCAGAGAUCUCGUACCUGCUUUGGGCAGCAGGCAGAGUUUGAAUAAUCCUUUUUAUUUAUUAGGUGUGUAGUAGUAUCUCUCAGAGUACCUUUAUCACCAGCAGUAUGUUACUGAAAGGCAAAAUAACAUGGUUUUUCUUUAAAUCUGGCUGAAGAUGAUGGGAAAGAGGCUUCGGACAGUUCUUCUUCUUCUUCUUCUUCUUUUUUUUUUUUUUUUUUUGGAGACAGGCUUUUUCUAAGAAGUUCUUGGCCUGGAACCCACUAGGUAGAACAGGCUGUCAUAAUCUUAGCAAAAUAAAUGCUUUUAUUGGUUCCAAAAAUGAAAGGAAGAGGCCUACUGGACGGUAUCGAUGGUUCCCAAGGCCGUUGUCUCGGAUGAAAAAGGAGGACAAGGGUCAUUUGCUGUGUGGAGCUCUGUGGAAAGGAUGUAAUGUGUACUUGGGGGUAAUUCCUCAUUUGCAGUAUUUUUUAUUUGGAUCAAAAUCAGCUUCAGUGUUCUUAAAUACCUGCUCAAAAUUGGUAUUUUGAUUUCAGGUUUUUGUAUGUAAGUUGCCUUAAAUUUUUCUCUCUUUUCAGGUGUACUCGCUUGUUUCGUUUAGUUAAUUUUGUUGAACUUGAUAUUUUUAUUUAGUGUUUGCACCCUUGAUCUGAGAAAGUGGCCAGAGGAAAAGUUUUCUGGGCUGUGGGAAAUUGUUUAAACUUUGAAUCUUCUCUUAGUGAUUCUGUGUCAAGUAGAGGAUAAGUUUAAUUUUCUUGUGUGUUUUAAAUAUAACUCAUAAUCAAAGGUGAAAGAAAAAAACAGAUAUAAAUCAUUGUGGGUGGUGUUUGUUGCUGGGGGGGACUAAGAAAAUACCAAUUACCUAAAGCACACUUUGCCUGAACUUCACUUCACUAUGUUGUCUACCAUGAAUACAAAAAAAUUCUCUUAAACCUGUCUUGAGACGAAGUAUAUUUACCGCCCCCAUAUUUCUUCCUUUAAAAUAAUUAUUUGCCUUCUUGUAUCUAAUGAGAUUGGCUGGUUCAGUUUUCUUCUAUCAGAUAAUAUGGUUAUUUUUAUACUACCAUGUCAGCAUUAUAUUGAAAGUGUUUUUAAUAGUUUAUUGUAUUUUGCCAAACAGCUACUAAUAUAGAUGCAGAUUUGCUGUUUGUUAAACGUACAGUUUAUUUUACUUCUAAAUCCUUUUUUAAAAGCAUCUGAUUAGUUUGAAUUCGAAGCAAUGUUUGUUAGCCAUCUAAAUAUGAAACCAGUGUUCAAGUAGCCAUCGUGCCAUUGACUGGGAUAGGGUCCAUUAGGAAGUCCCAUUUACAGCAGCAGGAAACUAGUCCUUUACUCCAAGAGAAUACUUGGACCCAAGCACGUGUGUGAUGCUAAGCAUUUGACUUGAAUGUUCACUGUAAAUCAAAUGGUUGUAAAAUAUUACUUGAUGAAAAAUGUAAAUUUGUGAUGGUGCCUUUGUUCCUUUGAGAUGAGUUCUCAGUUUUUUACUCUGUUCUUUAGGGGUCACAUUAACAGCUGAUGAGAUGGAGCGGGUGAUGUGAGUCUUGUUCUCCUUUGUCUCCUCAUGUUAUUUGACAGAGUUUGUAUUGUACAAAAACCUCCCAUACCUGCUUUACACCUUAUAUUUUUUAAUUCACAAAUGGAGGAAUUAAGUUUAUCUAGAAUCUAUUCAAUAUGUUACUGCCAAAAGUGCAAAAACAAACAAACAAAACUCCACUACCCUUGCAAAUGAAUUGUGCCACUUUCUUACCUGAGCAUGUCGUCUUCACCCAGAAGCACAUUGAGAAUCCCUUUAGAAGUAGCACUCGCUUUUGUAGGGGAAUGCACUAAAUAUUUUUAUUCUUAAUGUGAUUUUAUUUCUUAAAACCAGAAAUAUUAAUAUAUAUUAUAUAUAAUCUAUUGAAAACUGAGGAUUGAAUAUGUAACGUUUGCUCUUUAGGGUCUUGUGUUAACAUUCUUAAAGGGAUAAUACUUUUAUUCCAUAUUCACUAGAGAAAAUAUAUAUUCAUUUCAUUCUUUUAAAAGCAGAUUUAAAUAACUCCCUUUGUAAUAGCUCCUGCCUCUGCAUCCUCAGUGCCAGGAUUGCCAUUGGUAUUUUAAUUAAAUAUAAUUUAACUUUCAUUGUAGCGUAAAAAGAAAACAGUUAUUUUCCUGUGGAACAAGGAAGGGUACAGACAAUGCUAUAAAUAAUGGUCUUUGAUCUACCAAGUCCGCCAUGAAGGAAUCUUUGAAGAAAAUAAAACUUUUUAAGUCUUUGAUGCUGUAUCUCAGAACAGAUUAGAAGCAGAAUUGUUUCCAAGAGCAUUCAUUUAAUCCUUCACCCUGUAAAAACACAGGGAUUGUUCCUCUACCUGGUGAAGUUUAUGAGUUAACUUUUUAUCUGUGGUUUUGGAACAAAAUCCCCACACACCCAAACUUUAGUUUUAAAGGUCCUUUACUCUUCUGUCAGUGGGUCACCUCAAGAUACAGCUUCUUGUCUUGUAUCUAGCCAAACAUUGCACUGACUAUCUAAAGAAAUGGAUUCUGAUCUUAAUCUAGCCACUUAUUUUUGUUCUUCCCAAACUGAGGAGCUUUUAAGUAAACUAAGUCUCAAUGUUUUUCAUAUUCUAAAGCCUUACACGCUAUUACUAUUUUUUUAAAUCUAAAAUAGUAGGGAAAUGCUUGCGGUACCACGUUUAAGUCGUUUUGUUCCUUGUUCAGUUCCCACUAGUGGUUUCACUUCCUCCCUUGUUCUGUUUCUUGCCUUAAGGCAUCUCAAACACCUGGGCUUUCCCUUGUGGCAGGCUCAAGUCCACUGAGGCGUGAAAAUGGCUUGUGUUGAAGGUCACCAGUUUUCAAAUGUCAUCUUUAGUCACUCAAUAGAGUGUGAAGACUGACACCAGGAGCCAUGUUUUGAAAGCAAAGUAUAUUUUAAGGAUUCUAGGUGACCAAAGCUAAAUAAACAAAUUCAAAAUUAGGCAAGCUUUGUGUGGUAAAAAUCAACUAAAAUUAGGUAAGAAAAUAUGAAUGUGAUUUUUUUUUUCCUUCUUUGUGUUUAAUUCUGGCAGCAUGGGAGAAGAACUACUCUAAUUGCUUGUAUUAUGGCUGGAAAACCUGAGAGCAGUUAUCAUUCUGGGUUAGAAUCUGGAACGCUAAUCACACAGGCGCAUCUUGAUUUUUUUUAAAAACUAAUUCUCUGCAUUUUCUCCUGAAAUGGAGAAAUAACAAUAUGUGCUAUAUAUAGACUGAGUAUAGAAAAUGAAAUGUCUAAAAGAAUGAAAUGUUUUCUUGCACAACUUAUCAAAUUUUAAUUUUAAAAAUUACCUCAUUUUUUUCAGUCCACAAGGUGCUUUAAGUGUCUGGGGUAUCGUGCAGUGCCAUAAAUUCCCUUCCCCCAAAUGUCUUGGAAUGUGCAGAGUUCCCAGCUGAAGCAAGUGCUAAGGUGGGGCUGUUGUUUAGUUCUUUGUGUCCCAGCAGCAGGGUGAGCACGUGAGCUAGCGCUCACCAGAUGGUGAAUCAGUUAGGGACAGGAAAGUCCUGUCAUUUGAUCAGUGAUGAUCGACUCUGGCUAUCAGUGUGUUCGGACAGCAGAUGACCACCGCUUGAUCUCAGGAGUUCAUGACUUAUGGGCGUGUUUUAGUUGGAGUAAUGAGAAACUAGUCAUUUUCACGUAUAAUUUCCCUCAGGAAAUUCAGGGACUCCUUGGAGCCCUGUUGAUUCUCUGGGAGGAAACUUUCAGUCUAGUCGCGAACAGUUUUCAUCAUGGUUUUGAAAAAAGCUUAGCUGCUGUUCCACUGAAAUUGUAAAAUAAAAUGAUGGCUAUGGCUUUUCCAAUUAUGAGAAAGUUUUCUCUUUCCCCAUUUUGACUGUUCUGCAGAUGUAGUUUAAAAUAAGAAAAGCAAAUUCCUGGCUGUUAUAGCCCUGCUGUCCUGUCUAUUCUAAUGGGAGUGUAAUGAUUGUAAUUACACAUUGUCGUCUCCACACAUAACUUGGUGCUUUAUAUAACAUUAAAGAGAAAGUAGACCCUGUACUCAUACUUCUAGCUCAGACUGCAAAACUCUUUAAAUGUACAUAUAUGUUCAUUUCAUAAGAUUUAAAUAGAAAUUGUUAUCGGUUGCAUCUCAGGCUUUGUGCAAGUGUUCUGACAAUAUCUUUGCCAAGCAGUUUGGUCCAAUAGAAGAUAGAAUUAAUAAGAUCAAGGUAGGGUCCCAUCUCUUUGUGGGUCCUCUGGUGUUUAUACAGGAGGAAAUGAUAUCGCCCAUGUCACAUACUGCUUCUGAACCCUCAGCAAGCAACCUAAGUGUGUGCAAUUGCUCUAAUACUUAAGUGAUAACCAAGAAAGUGUAAAAGCAAAUGCCAAAUGCGUUUCACACCAUCACUCCCCACGAGUGGUUCCAAGCUUGUUUGAUUGUGAGGUUGUUGAAAAGACAUGGGUUUUGAAUUUUAAUACUUUUCACUAUCACGAAAUGUUAUCUUUUAUAUAUUAGGUCAUGGUCAUGAUUUUUUAUUUUUGCAAUUAUGUUCUAAUGUAUUGUGUGCAUGCCAACUUACCCAAGUACAAAGGUGCGGCUUGCUCUGGAAUGUUAACUUUUAGGCAGGUUUUGGCUCAUUUGCAAUCAUGGUGCAAUAUAGCAUAACAUCUAUUUGUUUUCAGUCCACAGUUUUAUUUUUGUCAUAAUAAAUACUUUUCCAAUA